GAGUUGUGAUUGGAAUUUGUUGUCUUUAAUUUACAAUAACUCAUCACUUCACGAACAACCUCAUGACAGAGAUAUUCAAGUCUUGACAUGCAUGUUUAUUGAUUCCCCACAUAGCUUAAGUAAGAUUUAACAAUCACUUGCCAAAAAGAAAAGAGCCCAAUGGGACUUUUGGUCCAAAAUGUGAGUACAUAACAUCUCCUUUUCUUUUUUAUGUAUUCUCUCAUUAUAGUUUUAAAAUUCUGACUGUUUCAAAUGAGUAAUGAAAAGCAUACCUUGUUGUGGGGUUUGGGCUAAGGUUGGAAGAGGAAGAUGUUGUAAGCAAAACUAAUCUUGUUAACACCUUGUUAAGGCAAUUUGACGAGGUGACUCUGCCCUGGAUUCCUAUUGGGAGAUUGCCUGAAGUGAGAUCGACAUAUUUGUUGGACUAGUUGAUUCGUUCAUUUUCUUUCUUUUCAACUGAAUUUCGUAAAGUCUCAAACUUUCCAUUACGUGGUGGUAAAGAAUGUCAAAAGUGCUGCCAUGAUAUACGAACACCAUUUCUUCAUUAAUGUUUUUAAUCUAUUGUGUGAACUAGUAAAUUAUCCUAACGUGUUGAGACCUUAAACAUCCCGAUCUCUUGUGCUUAGAUUGUUUAAAUGAUGAUAUACUUAACGGGCUACGGACUGACAUAAUUACGUUCGUUUUUGCAGAUUGGAGUUCUGAGGUUUGGAGAUGGGCAAUUAAUCAUUUAGCAAAGGGUAAGGUCCCUCUGGUUAAACUUUCAAAUAUUAAAGUUUUCAACUUUGGAGGUUUAGAUCUUCCGCUUUAAAACACAGCACGGGAUGCAAUAACAUAGGAAGAAAGAAAGAGGAGGAAACGUUGCCUUUGAGAAAAUGCCAUCCCAAGUCUUGCCCGUAUCCAAUCGGUUACAGUCCUCCGCCAUGGGGCCAACGUCCUCUGCAUCUGUAGCCACAAUGCUGCUUAAAGCUGAGAUUCAGGAUGAUCCAUCAACGAGUAUCAUCAUUUCUUCCCAAUUUGAGGAUGAAAAGGCCGUGACCAUACGUCCUCUUCUCACUAGAGCUUCUAGUUACAAUAACACAAUCGCUAACAACACGAGUGUUGGCCCCAGCAAUCAGCAGAGGAGGCGCCGGAUCGCCAGCGACAGCUCGCUUGCUUUGCUGGCUGAUGACAGUCCCCGAGGAUCUUUUAGACAGGAUGUGGGGCACGCGGCAGCGGAGACUUUCUUGGUGACUCGGUUGAGCUUGAAGCUAUUAAGAUAUCUUGGGGUAGGCUACAGAUGGAUCAUGAGAUUUCUUGCUCUUGGUUGUUAUGCAUUCCUACUAAUGCCAGGUUUUAUUCAAGUUGGAUAUUACUACUUCUUCUCCCAUCAAGUCCGCAGAAGUAUAGUAUAUGGUGAUCAACCAAGAAAUAGGCUAGAUCUUUAUCUACCCAAGAACUUUGAUGGGCCAAAACCAGUAGUUGCAUUUGUAACUGGAGGAGCCUGGAUUAUAGGUUAUAAAGCAUGGGGUUCACUUUUAGGACAACAGUUGUCAGAGAGGGACAUUAUAGUGGCGUGCAUCGAUUACAGAAACUUUCCUCAGGGCACCAUGAGUGACAUGGUGAGGGAUGCUUCUCAGGGUAUCUCCUUUGUAUGCAGCAAGAUAGCUGAAUAUGGAGGAGAUCCUAACAGGAUUUAUCUUAUGGGACAGUCAGCUGGUGCACAUAUUGCUGCUUGCACACUUGUGGAGCAGGCAAUCAAAGAGGCUGGUGAAGGAGAGAACAUUUCUUGGAGUGUCUCUCAGAUAAAGGCUUAUUUUGGUUUGUCUGGAGGGUACAAUCUUCUUAACCUUGUAGAUCACUUUCAUAGCAGGGGUUUAUAUCGUAAAAUUUUUUUGAGCAUAAUGGAAGGGGAAGAAUCUCUGCGGCGAUUUUCUCCUGAAGUAAUGGUACAGGAUGCAAACAUUAGACGUGCUGUUUCUCUCCUUCCUCCUAUUAUUCUUUUUCAUGGCAUUGCAGAUUAUUCCAUUCCAUCAGAUUCCAGUAAAUCUUUUGCAGAGACUCUGAGAAGACUUGGGGGCGAAUCAAAAGCGAUAUUAUAUGAAGGAAAGACUCAUACAGAUUUGUUUCUUCAGGAUCCCAUGAGAGGUGGCAGAGACGAGAUGUUUGAAGAUGUAGUUGCCAUCAUUCAUGCUGGUGAUGAUAAUGCCCGAGCCAAGGAUGCUGUGGCUCCUCGAAGAAGACGCCUUGUACCUGAAUUCAUGUUGAAGUUGGCUCGCAGUGUCAGCCCAUUUUAGCCGCUGGUCACACAACUAUGAACCCAUAUUUUAGUUAGUUACUGUAAUAUUUUUUGAGCAAAUAUUUUAGUUAAUCAAAUAUAUUCAUGUAUAUAUCAGAAUCACAAAUUUGUUCAUUCCUUAUUUCCUAUGAACACGUAUGUUGAUUUUUUUCUUUCAACUCUGUGGGUACAUGACAAUUCUCUGCCUUCUCAUGUUCCUCUUCUCUGCAUUAUUUGGGGGCUGAAUCCAAGCUUUUGAGGACUAAGAAAUAUAGCGUGAAUCUCUUC